GCUCGAUGAAGAACAGCGCACCAAAUCAAACCGCAGGGCAUAAAGAAUCCAUUAAUGGUGAGACAAGCAGCUCGGGCCAGCAACCACCCCUCCAAACUUCUGUGAAACAGAGCGCCAAAACGACGACGAAUGGCACGAUCACAACGAGCAAAAGAGAAACCCACGCCACACCCAAUAACGGGGAGGAAGACGGAAGAAUCAGAACGAACGUGACGACUCCGAUUGUCAAAGAUGCCAACAACAACAACAACUCUAAUCAAUUAAGGGAAGAAGAUUCUGGACAGGAAAAACAGAGCAAAAAACAGAGCAUGGUCUCUGUUACGUGCAGCAGGGGCGAAAGAUCGGAUUUUUGCGACCUAAUCGGUGACAUCAGGGUUGAUCCCAGUUCAGCAACGGUUUACUACGUCGUCGCCGGAGGUCGAAACAGUGGUAAUUCGACAAUGUCGAUAAAGCCUUACGGGCGAAAGGGCGACGAGGUUGCCAUGGGACUUGUGAGAGAAUGGAAGGUAAAAACGGUGGCUCAAGAUGACAAGGACUCGCCGCCGCCGCGUUGUGAUCGGAUUCAUGAAUCUCCGGGGGUGAUUUUCUCUCUGGGAGGGUUCGCCGGCAACCAUUUCCACGCCUUCACCGACGUUCUCGUCCCGUUGUUCGCCACCGCGCGGCAGUUUCGCGGAGAAGUUGAGUUCCUCGUGACUGACUAUCAACCGUGGCUAGUUUCCAAAUUCAGAACUAUACUCCAAGCACUGUCCACGUACAAUUUGGUGGACAUCGACAAGGAGCAACAAAGCGGGAAAACACAUUGUUUUUCGAGGCUGAUACUAGGGCUAAAGGGGAGGCACAAGAAAGAACUCAACAUCAACCCAUCGGAAUCCGAGUACAGGAUGGCGGACUUCAAACAGUUCCUGAGAAGUGCCUACUCGUUAAAGAAGGCGACCGCGAUCAAACUGCUGCGACGAGGAGCCAGAGACGGCGAGAAAUCGACGACGCUGCCGCCGCGGCUUCUGAUCGUAUCUCGCAAGAGAACUCGAGCGUUCACCAAUGUGAACGAUGUUGCCAGGAUGGCGAGGAAACUUGGGUAUCAAGUAACGGUCGCGGAGCCGGAUAGGAACAUCUCGAAGUCGGCGGAGAUUAUGAACUCGUGUGACGUGGUGAUGGGCGUUCACGGAGCCGGGCUGACCAACGUGGUUUUCGUUCCGGAUAACGCGGUUUUGAUUCAGGUUGUCCCGCUGGGGGCGGAGUGGGUUUCGAAGACGUAUUUUCGAGAGCCGUCGGCGGACAUGAAGGUGAGGUAUCUGGAGUAUAAGAUUAGGAGAGAAGAGAGCAGUUUGAGAGAACAAUAUCCACCGGACGACGUCGUUUUCACCAAGCCGUGGUCGUUUGCGAAACAAGGGUGGGAUCUGUUCAAAUCGAUUUACUUGGACAAUCAAAAUGUAAAGCUUGAUGUUAGAAGGUUUAGACCCACGUUGUUGAAAGCUUUAGAGCUUCUGCAUCAGUAAAUCUAUUCUGUUCAUUUUCUAAUUGUGUUUUGUUUAAUCCACUUCCUUCUUGGGCUUUUAGAUGAGAGGAUUUGAGAAGUAUCCUUCAGAAGCCCAUAAUUAUUUAUGUUUAUCAAGG